CCAUUGAAACAAUGUUAAAAAUCGUUGAUUUGUCAAUGUUAAUAACAUUGAAUCAAUAUCACGUUUGCACCCUCCAUUAAUAUAGAAAAAAAUAUAGAAAUUUCAACAAAUCACCAUUAUUGUGAUCAGUGUUUGCUUUAGUUGGGCCCUUGACUCUUGUGUUUUAAUGGUAAGUUUUCUUUGGCUGUUGAAGCAGUGUUUUAAAAUACAUCUGCUAUUGCAAAGAAAAAAAAGAUCGAGUGUUAUCAAGUAGUAUAAUUCUUGUAGAUAUAUCUAAAUAUUAUUAAUGAAAUACUGUUAAAGAUGUGUAAGAAAUGGAUAUUACAGUACUAGUUGGAAGCAGUGUCAGGUCUGUUAUUUUGAGGAUUGCAAUGCAGUUGAUAGUUUUAUCUGAAUUUGUUUGAUGAUUGUCACCAUUGUUGAGAUUUGCAGGAUGGGUAAUGAUGUCUAAAUGUGUCAGCAUUUUUUCACUUUUUCUCUUGUCACAGUGGAUUUACAAACCAAAACAAUUAUAAUUGUCAAAAACCAAUUGGAUCAACAUAAUCAUGUAAAGCAGCUUUAUUUUAUUGGCAUCUUCACAAAAAGCAAUCAGUUUCAACUUAACUUUGAAACACAUCUAUCUUUUCCAAUGCACAUGUGUUUAUAAACACAUACAAACACUAAAAAAAGAAAAGAAAGAUUUAACUUAGUCAAUUUCAAGAGUCAAGGACCCAAAUAAAGCAAACACUGAUCACAAUAAUGGUGGUUUGUUGAAAUUUUAAUAUUUUUCAAUAUUAAUGGAGGGUGCAAACCUAAUAUUGAUUCAAUGCAAUUAACAUUGGCAAAUCAACUGUUUUUAACAUUGUUUCAACGGUUGCAUGCUAUCUGGGUAACCACUUGCAUACUUGAGUUUUAUACAGCACAGUAAAUCACAAUGUAUAAUUGAGUUUUAUACAGCACAGUAAACCACAUAUUGUGAUUAAUUGCAAUUUGUCUGCUUUUGUGUUCCAAUCUAAUUCAUACACAUUUGUAACGACAUCAAAUUACAUUUUUCGAUGAACACUUGACCCAAAUAAUAAUAAUACUAACCUCUUUAUGAGUAUUUAUAUGACAUUAUAUUUAACAUUAUAUUAUAAUAUUUUCCUGUUUGUUAAUAAAAAUGUUUUCCCUAUUUUUAGAGACUUACUGUAUAAUUUUCUUUACCAAUGCUGUAAUUUUAAGUGGAAGUUUAUUUGCUAGAAAUCCCAAGGUUGAUGCCCUUUGUCCCUUUAAAGAUUAUUGAAUGAACUUUCACUCAAUUAUAAAUGUUACUGCAUGCAUAGGUUAAGAGAGAUAAACUUACACAUGUAGAGAGAUAAACUUACACUCUGCUUACACAUGUAGCCGUGUGACUUAUACUGGACUCAACAGAAGUUUAGACGGAAAUGAUAUUGCAUGCUGAAUAUUCACAGGUACAAUGAACGGACAGGUUUAUCUGAUGUUUGGUCCAGUUUUCUUAACCCUCCUGGUGAUGACUGUCCCGGUUGUUCAGAGCGGCAAUGUUCUUGUCUUUCCUGUAGAGGGCAGUCACUGGGUCAACAUGAAACUCUUGAUUGAGGCUCUUCACGUCAAAGGUCACAAUAUUACAGUCAUCCGGAUGUCAGACAGCUGGUACAUAAAAGAAUCUUCACCUCUCUACACAUCCAUCACCCUGAAGACUGCAGGAGGACUUAGUGAAGAAUUCCUGCAGGGAUUUACAUCAAAUAUGCUAAACAUUUUAAGGGAUGGCUCCACUUGGACUCGCCUAAGACUGAAGAUGGAGAUGUUGCAAGCUAUUUUACAGAUGUCUGUAGUAGAAAGUGAUCUAAUAGUCAAGAUGUUUGAAGACCAGCAGCUAAUACAGUCCCUAAAAGAGAGCAAAUAUGAUUUGAUGCUUACGGAUCCAGCCAAGUUUGCAGGUGUAAUAUUGGGUCAUUAUCUUAGACUGCCCUUGGUCUGCAAUGUCCGGUGGACCUUGUUCAGUGAGGGUCAUUUUGCAAUAGCUCCUUCACCACUUUCUUAUGUACCUAUGCCACUGAUGGAGUUAUCAGACCGCAUGAGUUUCUUUGAAAGAGUGAAGAAUGUUUUAAUGUACAUCAUCACUGAAAUACAGGUUGCUUUGACAAUCGCUCCAUAUUAUAACGAAGUUAGCGAACGCUUCAUUGGGCCAGGAACAUCCUAUUUAACCUUACUUCAAGGUGUUGAUCUGUGGCUCCACAGGGUUGACUUUAUUUUUGAAUUUCCACGGCCCACUAUGCCAAACAUCGUCUACAUGGGAGGCUUUCAGUGCAAGCCAUCAAAGCCUCUUCCACAAGAUCUAGAGGACUUUGUGCAGAGCUCUGGUGAUCAUGGUGUCAUCGUCAUGUCUCUGGGAACAUUCUUUGGUCAGCUUCCUGAUGACGUGGCAGAGGCCAUUGCUAAAGCUUUUGCUGAACUUCCACAGAAGAUCAUCUGGAGGUAUAAAGGAAGGAGACCAUCUGCACUGGGAAACAACACCUUAAAAAUGGACUGGAUACCUCAGAAUGAUCUUCUGGGUCAUCCCAAAACCAGAGCUUUUGUGGCUCAUGGUGGAACCAAUGGAAUCCAAGAAGCCAUCUACCAUGGGGUACCAAUCAUUGGAUUUGGACUCAUCUUUGACCAGCCUGAUAAUCUUUCAAAGAUGAGAGUGAAGGGUGUAGCCAAGACCGUAGACUUUGCCACAGUGAAUAAGGACUCCUUUCUAGAAACUGUCAAGGAAGUUCUUUAUAAUCCCAGUUAUCGGGAGAACAUGCAGAAGCUCUCGAGACUUCACAGAGAUGUUCCAGUGAAGCCUCUGGACAGCGCCAUCUUCUGGAUUGAGUUUGUCAUGAGGCACAAAGGUGCAGCUCAUUUACGCACAGAGUCGUACAAAAUGCCCUGGUACUCGUAUCACUCUGUUGAUGUCAUGUUGUUGCUGUUGUCUGUUGUGACGCUCAUAAUGCUGACCACAUAUGUGCUUAUCAGAUAUUUAUGCUGCAGAAUAUGUAGGAGAAAAAACAAACUGGAAUGAUUUUUUUUAAUGUACAAUUUGUGUAUUCUACUGUUUUACUACAUAUAUAAUCAUACAGGACACUUAGGUUUGCCUUUGUCCUUGAUACAAAUUUAAUGUUUCACCGUUUAUUUCCAGUUGGUCUUUGGUGGAUUUUGCCAGUCAGGAUCAUUUUCCGUUUGGAUAAAAUCCACUAAGCAAAGGUUUGUUGGACUGUCUUGUUUUAAAUGAAUCUUACAAGUUGUCAUAACUAAGCUUUUCCAGGCAUUUCUAAACUAUUUAAAAAGACACACCAAUCAGCAUUACUUCUUUUCAAUUUCAUCAUUAAAGUCUGUGCAAAGUCAGAUUUUUAAUACCGAAUACCGCUACAACCUGAAUGGAUGCUAGCAUUGUAAUUUUGUUAGGGACGGGGCCAUGAUCGGUGGCUCCAGUGUGUUACCGAUUUAGCACUGCCUAAAUAAUCCUAUACACACAAAUGUUGAAAAACUGUUUAAUGGUGUUUAACUCCACAAUUUAGUACUACGUAGUUCACAGUCUUUGUAACAUGUUUCAGCAAUACAUUUCUAACAUUUAUAAUGUGUUUAGAAACAACUCUCUAAAAUGACAUAACAUAGACUUUAACAUUUAGCUGAUUUUGUGUUUUAUUGUUGUAAUUUUAGUAGAUCUUAGUUAGUGGGUGGAAGUUAAUCAUUAACUUCUGCUGGGGGAGUGGGUGGUAAGCAUUGGCCUUUCUUUGAUAAGCCCAUUUCAAAAUCAGUAAAACAACAAUAUAAUAUUAGGUCCCCUCAUGGCUCUGAAAUUUGGAUAAAUAUAGUGUUGUUUAUCACAGUAGUUAUAAAUGAUGGCUAAUGGGUCAUUACCCAAAAGUGCAUCACAGGUCCGUUCCAAAAGAGUCUUGGACAGAUGGGAAAAAAUGAUGCUGACUGCAAACAAUAAAAUCUAUCUAACCAUAUAAUUGUUCAGAGUUAGAAAAGAGCAAAAUAAAUAGCCCUGUCUGUGUCGCGUAUUUGUUUUUGACGUCAAAACAGUGCGUUCAGUUUUGGCUUAAAUGGAUCUGUCACUGAGUAAAAUAGCCAAAUUCAACAGAUCUGGGUUCUGAAGUAAAACCAACCGAGAAUGAUUAAUAAGGUGUCAAAGGUCUCUGAAUUUAACAGAAUUAUUUGGUGUAUGUGUAUACAUAUAUUCAUAUAAGUACAUAUACAC